GGAAGCUGGCGGCGGCUCGAGGAGGCGCUUCCUCUAGCGUGACGCGCAGGCUCGCCUUCCCCGCCCGCCCGCUGGUCUCGCCGCCGCCGCCUCCCUCACUCCCUGAGCUCGCAGAGCGCGGGCCAGUGGCCGGGGGUGGAGGCCCGGGGAGACGCGGAGAGGAAGGGAGGGAGGGUGGGCGGGGAGCACAGAGAGCGUCUCUAUAUGGCGGCAGUUCUGUCGGGCCUGGCUGUCCGGCUCUCGCGCUCAGCCGCCGCCCGCUCUUAUGGGGUCUUCUGCAAGGGGCUGACCCGCACGCUGCUCAUCUUCUUCGAUCUGGCCUGGCGGUUGCGCAUCAACUUCCCCUACCUCUACAUCGUGGCUUCCAUGAUGCUCAACGUACGACUGCAGGUGCAUGCAGAAUGGAAGAGUUAUGGGGUCAGAAAAGCUUCCACCCACAUUUUCAGAAGAAGGCCUGGGAGGCCAGGCAGCGUGCCCCUCAGAGGGCAGUGUGAAGCUGCGAGUGUAAAGCCAAAGGUGACAUGGAAAAACCAGAAGUUUGGAGAAACCAGAAAUGUGGAUCAUUUAAGGAAAACUGCAGGGAAGGAGCCAAGGUAGUCCAAGAGAUAAGCCAGAAGAUCUACAACCACUUGUAGAGACAGAGCCACCCAAGUCCCUUGGAGUUUACAACUUGCCACAGAUUGCUGUGGUUGCUGGAAGUAGAACUGUGUUAACUUAAUGUUUGCCCUGCUGGAUUUUGGACUUGCUUUGAUCCCAUUCUUUUGUAUAUCCUCAUUCAUACCUUU